UCUGGUUUCUGAUUUCUGGUUUCUGGUUUCAGGUUUCAGGUUUCAGGAGGGCUUCGCAAAGUGGCUGUUGGUGAAGAGCGUGAGCUCUCUCUGACAGUGGCUGACAGACGUGUCACAGAGCCACAGGCCACGUCCCUGGGGGAUGCCCCAGAGGACUCGGGAAAUCGAGGAACAGUAGUUUCCUCGACUCAGUAUUCUGCAGUAUUCUGCUUCGGAUUUGGUUUGCCAGCCUGUCAGGUUUUGCCGGCUACUCAGUUCUGGUCUCUAUCUCAAAUUUGUGUUGAACGUUUACUGUCUGUCUUUAUCGUCUGUGUUGUGUGUCCUUGCUUUCACUGUUUGUGUAUCUUUCAUUAUGGGACAGAGCACUUCAACGCCUCUGUCCCUGACCCUUGAUCACUGGACCGAAGUCCGCUUAAGGGCUCAGAAUCUUUCUUUUUCAGUAAAACGCCGGACCUGGCAGACUCUCUGUGCCACAGAAUGGCCCACCUUUGGAGUCGGAUGGCCCCCAGAAGGAUCUUUCUACUCCCCACUAAUUCGAAAAGUCAGAGAUAUUGUCUUUCAGGAGGGGCCACAUAGCCAUCCAGAUUAACAGCCGUAUAUCUUAACUUGGCAGGACCUCUGUGAAUCUCCUCCUCCAUGGUUGAAGUCUUUCCUUGUCCCUGCCCCUGCUCCUACUCCUUCCCCCACGAUUCUCUCUCUCAAACCCUCUGCUCCUCCUCCUCCACCCUAUGUUCUCCCUGAGUCUCAAGGUUUGACUCUACUGGACUCUCCUCCCCCUCCUUAUCCCCUGCUCUGGUCCUCCAACCCCCAACACCCUCUAAGUGAUUCUCCUGCUGCUGACUCAGCCUCUCCACCAUUGGAGGAAGCUGAGCCGGCCCAGCGCCCUCCAGAUGACUCCCCCGCGGCACACACAGCUCCUCCUCCCCUGGAGGAAGCUGGCCUGGCUAAAGAAACUCGCCGGCGGCAAAUGAUUAAAAACCCUGAAGCCCCCAUGAUACUCCCGCUCCGUCCUUAUGGGCCAAUGAUAGAGGAUGGCCAUGGUGGAGAAAUGCAAGCCUACCAGUAUUGGCCUUUCUCCUUUUCAGAUCUAUAUAACUGGAAAAAUAACAAUCCCCCUUUUUCCGAGGACCCCACCCGGCUCACAGGUCUGAUUGAGUCAUUGAUGUUUUCACACCAGCCUACUUGGGAUGACUGCCAACAACUCCUAGGCACUCUCUUCAUGACAGAGGAACGAGAGAGAAUCCUCCUGGAAACUAGAAAAAAUAUCCUCGGACCAGAUGGGCGACCAACACAACUUCCCAACAUAAUCGAAGCCGACUUCCCCUUGAACCGACCCAACUGGGACCCCAACACCUUUGAAGGUAGGGAGCAUCUGUCCACUUAUCGCCGGGCUCUAAUAGCUGGUCUCCGAGCGGCCGCUAAACGGCCAACUAAUUUGGCCAAGGUAAGAGAGAUUAUUCCAGGGCCUAAUGAAUCUCCCUCUAUGUUUCUGGAGAGAAUUAUGGAGGCAUAUAGGAGAUAUACUCCUUUCGAUCCUCAGGCAGAGGAUCAAAAGGCAUCUGUCACGAUGGCCUUUAUUAUGCAAGCUGUUCUGGAUAUUAAAAGAAAGUUACAACGCUUAGAUGGAUUACAAGAUAUGACUUUGAGAGAUUUAGUCAGAGAAGCCGAGAAGGUAUACUAUAAGAGAGAAACUGAGGAAGAGAAGGAACAAAGGAGGGAGAAAGAAAGGGAGCAAAGGGAGGAUGAGAGAAGCAAAAGACAGACUAAGGCAUUGACUAAGGUCCUGGUCACAACAACAAAUAGGCCAGAAAUUAAGAAACAGGGAGACAGGAAGGGAUACCUGGGCCCACGCCAAAGGCCACCCCUGGCCUCAGAUCAAUGUGCCUACUGUAAAGAAGGACACUGAGCCAAAGAGCGUCCUAAAAAGAGACAGCCACGCCAGUCAGCCAUUCUGACUCUGGAGGAUGACUAGGAAAGUCGGGGCUCAGAUCCCCUCUCCAAGCUCAGGGUAACUUCUGAAGUGGAGGGGACCCCAGUAAACUUUGAAGUGGAUACAGGGGUAAUAUACUCAGCCCUUAAGGCCCCAUUGGGCCCUCUAUCAAAUAAAAGGUCUCUAGUUCAAGGGGCUAAUGGCAGUAAAUAUCGGGCUUGGACAACUAAGAGGACCAUGGACCUGGGGAAAGGAAAAGUCUAUCACUCCUUCCUAGUGAUCCCAGAAUGCACGGCCCCAUUGAUGGGCAGAGAUCUGCUCACCAAGCUCCGGGCCAGAAUAACUUUUAACCCUGAAGUCAUGGCUUUAACUGUAUCAGCAGAAGAUGAACAUCAACUCUACAUCUCCAAGACAGAUCAAACAGGCAAGCUACCCCAGAAAUGGAUAACAGAUUAUCCAGAUGCCUGGGCAGAAACUGCUAGGUUAAGCCUAGCCGUGAAACAACCUCCAAUAACAGUGGAGUUAAAAACCUCAGCCUCCCCAGUCAAUGUCAAAUAAUAUCCUCUGAGCAAAGAAGCUAAAGAUGAGAGAAGGCCCCAUAUUCACAAAUAUCUGGCCUUAGGGGACCUAAGGCCCUGUCAAUCAGCCUGGAACACUCCCCUGGUACCAGUAAAAAAGCCAGGAACCGAGGACUAUCACCCCAUUCAAGACCUAAGAGAGAUCAACAACAGAGUGCAGGACAUUCACCCCACGGUACCCAAUCCGUACAAUCUGCUUAGCACUCUGAACCCUGAAUGAAAAUGGUAUACUGUUCUGGAAUUAAAAGAUGCUUUCUUUUGCUUGCCUCUGCAUAAAGAUAGUCAUUUGCUGUUUGCUUUCGAGUGGGUAGACCCAGAAACCGGAACGUCUGGUCAACUAACUUGGACCAGUCUCCCACAGGGGUUCAAAAACUCCCCCACUCUCUUUGAUGCCCUCCACAGGGACCUAAAUGACUUUAGAACUGCGCACCCAGAAGUCACCCUACUCCAAUAUGUGGAUGACCUGCUGCUGGCAGUCAACACCAAGGAAAACUGUGAGUCUGGGACCCAAGCACUACUAUCCGAGCUUGCUCAACUCAGGUAUAAAGCUUCUGCCAAAAAGGCCCAAAUUUGCCAGCAAGAAGUAAUCUUCCUGGGCUAUUCCCUUAGGGGCAGUAAACAAUGGCUCACUGAGCCCAGAAAACAAACCAUUGUGCAGAUACCACCCCCAUCGAACAGGAGGGCGGAUGAAGAGGCUAAAUUGGCAGCCCUAAACGGAGUAACCAUGUUAACACUUUCCACACCAGGGGAACAUAAGUCAGGAGACUUAACUACGUCGGAGUACCCCGACAACUUAACAUCUAAGGACACUAACACUGAACUCCUCAACUUCACUGAGCCCAGCCUGCAAUUUUAGAAAUCCCUACACUACGUUAAAAAUGUACAUCAACUCACUCACCUUGGUUCAAAGAAAUUGCAGGCAUUUCUGAAGGAUCAAGAACAGAGUUUUCCACUAACCGGCUCAUAGCGAAAGGAAAUAGCUGAACGGGUAACAAAAGCCUGUCGGGUCUGUCAAUUGGUUAAUGCUUACCCUUCCAAGCUUCCUGCAGGAAAGCACCUUCGAGGAACCAGACCACGACAAUUCUGGGAAAUGGACUUUACUGAAAUUAAGCCAGCAAGGUAUGGACUUAAAUAUCUCCUAAUCUUUGUAGAAACAUUUUCAGGAUGGAUUGAAGCCUUCCCCACAAAAAAA